AUGGAUAAGUUUCUAAUUCAGAAAAGAAAAGCUAUUGAAGAUGACGUUUGCGAUGAACAAAAUCUAGCCGAUAUAGAGGAAACCACGCAAGAAUCAACUGUUGAGCGGUCUGUAGUAGUACCUAAGAAGAGUAAAGGAAAAAUGUUCAAGCCUCGUUUAUACAAUAAAGAUUAUAUGAAACUGGGGUUCACAUUUUCUGGAAAUGAAAAUAAUCCUUGUCCCAAGUGUAUAGUUUGUGGGGAAAUACUUGCAAAUGAAAGUAUGGUACCAAACAAAUUAAAGCGUCAUCUUAACACAAAACACAGUCAUUUGUCAGAAAAACCAGUAGAAUACUUUAUUGAGCUUUCAAAAUCUAUAAAGAAGCAGUCUGCAUCAUUCACAAAGAGAAUGAAGACAUCAGAGAAAGCUCAAAAGGCAAGUUAUUUGGUUGCUCAAAUAAUUGCCAAAAACAAGGAGCCACACACUAUUGCCGAAACCACCAUAAAGGAAUCUUGCUGUGCUAUUGUUCGAACAAUGUUUGGGCCUGAAUUUGAGAUAGAAGUUAAUAAAAUCCCUUUGGCAGAUAACACAAUUGGAAGACGUAUUCAAGACAUGUCUGAUGACAUUAAGCAGCAAAUUAUGGAUAUUUUUCAAGACGAUAAUAUGAUGUUUGCAUUGCAAUUAGACGAAUCAACAGAUGUCAGUGGGUUAGCACAACUAUUAGUUUUUAUACGUUUCAUUCACACUGACAGAAUUAUUGAGCAAUUCUUGUGUUGUCUAGAACUUCCAAUGAGAACUAGAGGUGAAGAUAUAUUUAAAACUUUAGAUUGCUUCAUGAAGGAAAAUAAUUUGCAAUGGUUAAAUUGUGUAGGAAUAUGCACAGAUGGUGCACCCUCAAUGGUUGGUUCAACAAAAGGUUUUAUAGCUUUAGCAAAGAAAGAGAAUGAAAAUAUUAUCUUUACUCAUUGCUUUUUACAUCGCGAAGCACUAGUCGCGCAAACCAUUGGAAAUGAAUUAAGAAAAGUUUUGGACAAAGUGGUUCAAAUGGUCAAUUACAUUAAAAGUAGACCUCUUCAAUCAAGAUUAUUUGCUCAUAUUUGUGAAGAAAUGGGGGCAAGGUUUAAAAAGCUUCUUAUGCACACUGAAGUUCGUUGGCUCUCAAGAGGUCGAGUGCUUUGUCGUGUAUACGAAUUGAGGGAAAUGAUGCUUAAACUUUUUGAGGAAAAUCAGCAAAUUGAAUUCUGCAAUCUAAUUCAAAACAAUCUUUGGUGCACAAAAUUGGCAUAUCUUGCUGACAUAUUUGAACAUUUGAAUAAAAUAAACACAAGUAUGCAAGGAAAAGGAGAAAAUAUGUUAACAGCAGUAGAUAAAAUUUGUGCUAUGAGAGACAAAAUAGCAAUUUGGAAAAGGAAAGUGACAGAAGGAAAUUUUGAAAUGUUUUCCAAAACUGCUGAGUGUGAGCUAAAAUGUGAAAUCAGCUCGCUAAUUGUUGACCAUUUAACUUUGCUCGGAGAGAAAGUUCAGCAUUACUUUCCAAAUGUCGAAAUCCAAGACUAUGAUUGGAUCAGAAACCCAUUUCUUACAACUGCAACAAGGGACUUUUCACUUAUUGAAGAAGAAGAGUUAGCUGACCUAAAAAAUGAUCGAAAUCUGUUAAUGAUGUAUGAAGAUGGUGACUUACACAGAUUUUGGAUUUGCAUUUCAAAAAUGCAUCCAAACAUAGCUAAAAAAGCAUUAAGAAUUCUUCUGCAGUUUUCUACGACAUACAUUUGUGAAGUAUCCUUUUCAACAAUGACCAACUUAAAGACACUUAAACGUGGAAGCUUGAAAAUGCUGGAUGAUGAAAUGCGAGUGUCUUUAUCUGAUAUUCCACCAAAUAUCCAGAAACUAUGUUCAUCCCAUCAAGCUCAUACAUCCCAUUAA